CAGUCGCCGCCACAAUUCAGCACGUCAACGCCGAUCGGCCAGCGACCAAGAAGUCCUUUGAGCCCAACUCGUUAUUCACGUCUUCAAGAAAAGCAAGAUUUACGGAACCUAAAUGAUCGGUUGGCUUGUUACAUCGAUAAAGUACGGCAUUUGGAAGCUGAAAAUUCCAAACUUACGCGGGAGGUACAGACGACCCAGGAGACUAUCACCCGCGAAGUAUCCAACAUAAAGUCUAUGUAUGAACAUGAAUUGUCUGAAUCAAGAAAAUUACUAGAUGAAACUGCAAGGGAACGGGCAAAACUCGAGAUUGAUACCAAACGAUUAUGGGAUAACAACGAAGAACUGAAGUCCAAACUAGAUAAAAAGUCAGUGGACUUGCAAGUUACAGAGAGAAAUCUGUUGUUAUAUGAAACACGCUACAAUGAUUUGCAAACACAGUUUAAUCAGUCUCAAGCAGAACGUAAAAAACUGGCUGAAAGAGAAAGAGAAUUAGAGCAAGAAGUAGAAAAAUUAAAAGCACUGUUAGAAGAUACCCGCAAACAUCUAGGAGAAGAAACUUUGCAACGCGUUGUUCUAGAAAAUAGUAUUCAAAGUCUAAGAGAAGAUCUUAGCUUUAAAGAUCAAGUGUAUCAGCAAGAACUAACAGAAACACGAUCAAAAAGACAGAUUGAAAUCUCUGAGAUAGAUGGUCGCCUUGCUGAGCAAUAUGAAGCUAAAUUGCAACAAUCUUUGCAAGAAUUACGAGACCAGUAUGAGGCACAGAUGAGAGCUAAUAGAGAAGAAAUUGAAUUGUUAUAUGAAAAUAAAAUUAAAAAUUUGACAGCUCAUGCUCAACGUAACAGUGGAGCAGCAAGUUUAGCUGUUGAAGAAUUGAGGCAAACAAGAUCAAGAAAUGAUACACUUAAUCAAAAAAUUAAUGAACUAGAAGCAACAAAUAAUGCACUUAAUGCACGGAUAAGGGAUUUAGAAAAUCAACGUGAAAAUGAAAAAGCUCGUCACACGGAAAGUUUAACAUCUUUGGAGGCAGAAUUAACACGCAUACGUGAUGAAAUGGCUCAGCAAUUACAAGAAUAUCAAGAUCUUAUGGAUAUCAAGGUUGCUCUUGAUUUGGAAAUUGCUGCAUAUAGAAAACUUUUGGAAUCUGAAGAGGCCAGGUUAAACAUCACACCUGCACAAUCAAGCUCAUCAGUAGCUAGUGGUAGAAGUACUCCUUCUAGACAUACUCCAUUAAGAGGUGGAAAACGAAAACGCACUAUGUUAGAGGAAAGUGAAGAACGUAGCAGUACAGACUACAGUGUAUCUGGAACAUCUAGGGGUGAUGUAGAAAUUACAGAAGCUGAUCCCCAAGGGCGAUUUGUAAAACUCACCAACAAAGGCAACAAAGAAAUCGGACUUAGUGGGUGGCAAAUUAUUCGCAAAGCUGGUUCUCUGGAAACAGUAUUUAAAUUCCAUCGCACUGUAAAAUUAGAUGCAGGUGCCACUGUAAUGGUGUGGUCAGCAGAUAUUGGAGCUUCACAUGAACCACCAUCAAAUAUUGUUAUGAAAGGUCAAAAAUGGUUUACAGCAGAUACCAUGACAACUACACUUCUUAAUAAUGACGGUGAAGAAAUGGCCACUUCAGAGUGCAAGAGGCAACAAUUGUCUACGUCUUUAUCCCGGCACAGAGAAAACUUGGGGUUUCGACCAUCUGAAGAACUUCACCAUCAGCAGGGCGACCCCCAUGGAGACGAGUACUGCAGAAUUAUGUGA